AUGACAGCCAUCUCGCCGCGCGUCUCACUUUUGCUCAACGCGACGACGCUUCAGAGCUUCAGCUUUGGCGAGUGCGACACGAUGCCAACCGCAUUCGACGACGAGGACGAGGCGGCUUUGAUCGCUGCGGCAGAGCAGGAGGGGGAUAGUGAUAGUGGCCAGGAGCAAGCACAAGACGAACCGCCGUGGGACCAAGUCGGCGAUGUUCUCGAUCCACGCGCCGAUCCACGCGGCGACAACUCCACCGCGACAACGACCCCAACUCAGUCGACGAGCAAUCGGACCAGCCUCAAGCAGUCGACCUUGACUUUCCAGCAACGACAACCGCAAGAGUAUCUCGUCGGACUGAAUACCGCUCAGCUCGCAGCCGUCACGGCCGAUCUUGGUAGCCUGCAGAUCCUCGCGGGGCCGGGCAGUGGUGAGUGGUGAUCGACCCGCACGCCAUCAAGUUCGGGGAGACCCGUAACAGUGUCAACACGACUCGAACAACUCACGCCACGUCUCUCUCAUCCCCCCCGACCCGCGAACCAGGCAAGACCAAAGUUUUGACGAGCCGAGUCGCGUACCUGCUCCAACACUACAAGAUUCAACCUCAACACCUCGUCGUGUCAGUCCUGGCCUCGGCGCUCGCCACACAUCUUGCCGCGGUAUCCCCGCUGAACCAGUUUCCCCGGGGCCAUCACAGGGUUACAUUCACCAAUAAGGCUGCAAACGAAAUGAAGACGCGGCUGGCUUUGCUCGUCGGCAAGGAAACCGUUGAUAGCAUCAUCAUCGGCACCUUGUGAGCGACGCACUCUCCGAAACGAGUCCCAACAAAAUUCGGCUGACCGUACAUCGUUCGGCACGUCGGCUUCCAGCCACAGCGUGUGUGUGCGCUACUUGCGACGGUAUGGUCGGCGUAUCGGCAUCAGGAAUGACUUUACAGUGGCCGAUCGGGAUGACUGGUCAGUCAAGUUCCGCCGGCUCGCAUACACGCACUCUAUCAGCGCUCAAUCCUGAACAUCGUUUGCUCACCGUGACAGUCUCGCCACCGCCAGACGAGCAGUCGUCACCGCCAAAUGCCCCGAGAAUUUGCGCAAGGAGCUCAACCCUAAAUAUCUUCUCGACGUCAUCACAAAGUGCAAAGCGACCGGUCUCUCGCCUCGAGCCUAUCGAGCCCAAGGCGAUUCGAUCGACUACUUCAAAGCGAGAGAAAAAACGGAUGCGAUCGCCAACAUUUACCAGUUCGUUUUGCAGAUCAUUGAUCAAAGUCUUGCAGCCCCCAAAAUCUGAUGCUUCGCCCCACGCGUGCUCUACAGGGUCUAUGAGGACGAGCUAGGAAGGGACAACGCGCUCGAUUUCGACGACUUGCUCGUGCGAGGGUCAGUGCCCAAAACCGACUCGAUUGACCCUAAGAGAGCCGCUGAUCUGAAUCUGAGCUCUGACAUGUCCAGCCUUGAACUCGUUCGCAAGCACGAAUCCAUCAUAUCCGACAUUCAGUCCGUCCUCAUCGACGAGUUCCAAGACACGAAUGCGAUCCAGUACGACUUCGUCACGACCAUCGCCCGCGGCUGCCAGUCCCUCACCAUCGUCGGCGAUCCCGAUCAGUCAAUCUACGGCUGGCGCAACGCCGAAGUCGGGAACCUGGAACGUAUGGUCAAAGAUUUCAAGCCGGUUAAGCAGAUCUUUUUGGAGGAGAAUUACCGAAGUACAGGAGCGAUCUUGGGUGCCGCUUUGGCCGUUGUUCGGCAGGGUACGGAGACACCCUUCAAUCGUAAAAUGAUGGGAGUGACGAAGCUAAUGGGCUACGUCUGGGAAUUCUCAGACGCGAACCGAAUUCAAAAAGGGCUAAAAGCAACACAUGGUGCCGGAUCGUCGGUCGUCCUCCAUUGCGCUUCCAAUGCCUACGAAGAAGCGAGCUUCAUCGCAGCUCAGAUCAAGCAUCUCGUCGCCCAUACCGGCAACCUCGUCGAUUAUGGUGAUGUCGCCAUUUUGUUGCGCUACGGGGCACUAUCGAGAAACAUCGAAGUGGCACUGCAAAAAACGGGGAUACCGUCGAGGAUGGUCGGUGGUCACAAGUUCUUUGAUCGAGCAGAGUAAAUUUCUUUGGUCUCGCUUCCAACCCCUUGAUCGCUCACUGUGAGUUGUGCCAUAUCAUGCAGAGUCAAAGACAUCAUCUCGUACCUACAAUUGGUCGACAACCCCUCAUACACCGCUGCCUUUGUCCGAGUUGUGAACACGCCCCUCAGAGGAAUCGGGGACAAGACCAUUCGGGACAUCAUCGCCCAAGCCAGACUGAAGAACCUUUCGGCUUUCGAGCUUUGCAAGAAAUUAGCGAACGGGAGUGGACAAGUUUCGUUGACAUCGAAGCAAAAGAACGGGAUGCAAUUUUUUGUCGAGUUGAUUUUGGAGCUGCAGCGGAAAGCGCAUGAGGUGAGUCGGUCGAGCACGGGUAUGUUACACUUGAGUUGGUGGUAAGGACCUGACCUUCUGUGGGCUCGCACGUCAGGGAGCAACGGUACCGGACUUGAUUGACGCCUUGACUGCGAGCCUCAACUACCAAGCCCAUCUCGAGAAAUCUCAAGGACCCGACGCCAAGGAUCGAUGGGAGAAUAUCGAAGAGCUCAAAGUGAGGACACCCAUCGCGCCCUAGGAACGUUCGUGCUUGUGAGCUCAUGACCAGAGCCCAACUUCUCCACGCAGGCUUUCGCUACCGUCGUCGCGGAAGAACACCCAGAAGGCGUCGACGACCUCGUGCUCCCCGAAGACGAAGACUUUGAAGAGGUUGCAAUCCCCGCGAGAGGAAAAGCAGAAGAUGCCGACGACGAUGCGUCGACCUCAACCAGAUCGGCACCGGUUUUGACGGGCACCAAAACGGACAAUCCGUUGAGAACAUUCCUAGCCGUGUCGAUGCUUGCGACUGACUCGGAGACGAACGAAGUCAAGGAGAACUCAAAGCAGAGGGUGAGCACGGGACAAAGGCCAUUUAAGCAGUACCCGGGACUCACGGGCUGGAUGUACGUCGGAACCCGAGCAGAAAGUGACGCUGUCGACAUGUCACGCAGCCAAGGGACUCGAGUGGCCCAUCAUCUUCGUGCCUGCUUGUGAAGACGGUGAGCUCGCUUCAACGAACGAGCGAAGAGGUUACCCCCGAGGCUCAUGUCGUCUCGCAUUCCCAACUAGGUACCUACCCUUUCUACCGCUGUCGAAAGGACGAUGAGAUUGCCGAAGAGAGGUCAGCCAAUUCUGAGCGGGACUUCCCUUUCCUCACGAGUGUCAACCUGACAGCCCGUGUCCCGUCUACAGGCGUCUUCUCUACGUCGCGAUCACAAGGGCGCAAGGAUUCUGUACUCUGACGCAUUGUCAGCAGCGCAUGGCCGGAGGUUCGUGCUUGACAGAGCAUCUUUCGAGCUCUCCUCGAUGAUUAUGCUGAUGCUGAUGCACGCUACAUCCAUUUUGAUCACGCAAUAGCCGAUAUGGUCCAAAGAUAUUUGACGCCGUUCCUCAAGUCCGUGGUCAAAACUUAUCCAACGCUGUUCGUGCCAAAGUUGCAGAAAAUCGGUGCCGACACGCGGCAGGCGAUGGCAAAGGUGUUGGGGAGGGAGCCGCCGGAUGAGGCCGAGACGGCGAGGCUGAUCGAGGAGCAGUAGGUCCUACGCUCUCGGACAUAAGACAGGAAUGAUUCGGGACGCUGAUGCAUUUGGCGAUGUGACCAGCAACAAGACCCUGCCGAUCGACGCUCCGAACGAGUCGAACCACCUUGAAAAUCGAGCAUUCGCCUCGAAGAUGAACCAACACUCGGCCAACAUGUCGGCAUACAACCACGUACGCGCUUCCUACUCUUCGACAGGUCCAGCUCCGAUACCAGCGGGCGCCAACGCGGGAUUCAGUUCGGCCUUGUCGACGUUCCAAAACGGGCCCAACGGAGUGGGCAGUUCGAGUGUCACCAAAUUCGGAAUGAUCUCGAGUGUCGGGUAUCGCACGUCCGCGGGACCUGCGAUGACCAAGUCGAGUAUUUCGAAGCCUCUACCGGCGACGAACAUCAUCCGAGCCUCGUCAGCGGGCAGUUCUUCCUCAUCGACGUCUUCCAGCGUAAUCAACUCAGCGGCUUUCAAGCCGCCUCGACCGAUGGCUGGCCGGCUGUCCUCUGCCCAGGGUACAAUCUCCUCAAGAUCAGCGGCGGCCUCGGCACAUCGCAACGGGCCUUUGGAACCCCCCGAAACUCGUUUGUCCAUCAUCUCGAAUGCCGUCUUGGUCGGCAGCGAUGCUGAAUGGAAGACCAAGAGCGUGCCUACGAAUCUGGCCGAGAGGUUCGUCAAGGGGGAAGGGGAGAGAUUGGCGCAACUCAGGAGUUUGGGUUUGGUGAGUGGCGAGACGCAGCCUUUCAAGUCUGCAAGUCGGACAGGGACGGCGAGGGCGGGGGCGGGUGAGGUUUCCCCCAAAAGGAGAAAGGUGUGA